AAAACAUAGAGGAAAAUAGGUGUUUAUUUUCCUAUUCGAGAGGGUGCGGAGUUUGGACGUGAAACAUUCUCUAGCGAGCAUUGCAGCACAACAUUGGGAAGGAGCUGCCGUUUCGAAAAGUUCGACACAUUUAACAAAUAUCAUAGUGUAUACGGUCUACCGUUAGUGCAAAACGAUCCGUGCCCUUUGUAUCUGUGUUGUUUGUGCAUUUCUCCUUGGUCUCCUUUGUUGCAAUAGCGAAGGGCUAUCGUUUACCUGUGAUUUAAUCAUACAACAAUACAUAAGGUGGUCCCAUCGAUAGUAGUGAUUUGUUUGCAUUUAUAUUUAUUCAGCUUUCGAGUGUUUGUGUUUCGAGAAUGGUUCGAUUGUGCUGUUAGCAGCGUGUUUAUGCGGCCUGUUUUGUUGUGUAAAGCUGUUCGGUUUAACGAGUGUAGUUUCCUUUCAGCGUACAGUAGUACAUAGUGUGAAAAGAAAGAAAAAGUUUUGGUGUUGUACCUCGUCACAUUCACGCAAUGGAAGACUUUACACCACUGAUCAAUCUACAGUUCAAUCAUUAAAAAACUUUACGCGAUUCGUUCGGUGGAGAAAUUUCAAUCCACAUUGUACUGCUUUGCAACAGUACCGACAGUAACAAAACAAGACAAACAUUGCAUUUGGAAGCGAGCAACAGAAUAAAAUUGCAGAUCACUGGAGGCAACACUAUGUAACUUCUCCUCGUUCCACUUCCAUUGUAACGCAGCAGCACAAUUCGCCUGUUGAUUCACACUAGUGAGUCAUUUAAGACCACAAAAAAGAAAACAAAUCCAGGAAAGCAAAAGAAAAAUAAAAUACCCAGCAUCAUCAUAAGGAGUUUGUGAUAAAAAAGCAUAAAAGCGUACCGAGUGCAAUUGCAACACAAGAGCUGGUGCACCACCCGGAAAGGGAACUUCGACUCAAAACAGGAAGAAGGCAAGCCGGCAAAGGAGAGCGCUACACGUACCUAAGGGUGGAGAUAAACCCACAUAAUUGUGUUCCACCCCGCAAAGAGCAGGAUUAAUUGUUUGGUGCACGCAAGAUGAAAAAUGAACGAGAACCUUUGCUGGGACAUGCGUCCGACGCUGGCAGCAAUGGGUCUGGUUUGGAUGCAGCCGAACACCAGCGGCUACUGGCUCGUCCCGAUCUACGCAGCUCACCAGAAAACAUGAUUGUGGAUGCAUCAAACGAUACGGAAAGUCUGGUAGCGAAGGAGGACUCCGCGUAUGGGUCGUCCUCGGGUGAACCGUACGAACCGUCGAUGCACCGCACUCUGGAACAUCCAACGACAAACCUCGACACUAUGAUUCACCUGCUGAAGGGUAACAUCGGCACCGGCAUCCUGGCCAUGCCGGACGCGUUCAAACAUGCCGGCCUGUACGUCGGUCUGUUCGGGACGCUGUUUAUGGGUGCUGUUUGUACACACUGUAUGCACAUGUUGGUGAACUGUUCGCAUGAGCUAUGCCGACGGCUGCAGGUGCCCUCGCUAAGCUUUGCCGACGUGUGUCAACGGGCGUUUGAAUCUGGUCCAAUCGGGCUGCGUCGCUACUCGAAGCUAGCAACGAAUCUGAUCAACAUGUUUCUGGUAAUAACGCAGCUCGGGUUUUGUUGCGUGUACUUCGUGUUUGUUGCGGCUAAUCUGCGGGAAGUUAUAGCACACUACUUCUUCGAUCUGCACACGCGCGUCUACUUGCUGCUGUUGCUUAUUCCGAUGGUUCUACUAAAUUUGGUAAAGAAUUUGAAAUAUCUCACACCAAUUUCGCUCAUUGCUGCAUUACUUACGGUUACCGGUCUUUCCUGUACAUUCUACUACAUGCUGCAAGAUUUACCAAACACACAUACGGUCAAACCGUAUUCUACAUGGGCCCAGCUACCGCUUUAUUUCGGUACAGCAAUCUACGCUUUCGAGGGCAUCGGGAUGGUACUACCACUGGAGAAUAACAUGAAAACACCAGAAGACUUUGGUGGGUGGUCAGGAGUAUUAAAUACGGGCAUGGUGAUUGUCGCCUGCCUAUACACCGCUGUCGGUUUCUUCGGUUAUCUCAAGUACGGUGAUGCAGUCAAGGGCAGCAUUACGCUAAAUCUUCCCGGUGAAGAGUUCAUUGCACAGCUGGUGCGAAUUAUGAUGGCGCUCGCAAUUUUCUUCUCCUAUUCGCUACAGUUCUUUGUCCCAAUGUCGAUACUGAGCGUGCACAUUCGACGAAAGUUACACACAGAACAGUCGCGACUUAUCGGUGAAUAUCUGACGCGCGUUUCGUUGGUCGUGUUUACCUUCAUUCUGGCCGCUAUGAUACCGAAUCUCGGUGCAGUUAUAUCACUGGUCGGGGCAGUUAGUAGUUCCACGUUGGCGCUCAUUUUUCCGCCACUGAUUGAAAUCGUUACCUUUUGGCCGGAUAGACUGGGGCGGCACUAUUGGAUUCUGUGGAAGGAUGUUGCAAUUAUGGUGUUUGGUAUUUUGGGUUUCAUCUUCGGUACGUAUACAAGUGUGGCACAGAUAUUGAAUCCUGAUUUAGUUUAAAAGUAGGGAGAAUCUAUUGGAGGCUAGAAUGAUCUAAGGAUGAUCAAUCACAGGGAUAUGUAACCGCAUGUUGUACAUUUUGAGGUAUGUGUAUUGUAGAUGUAUGUUUCGUUUGUGUUCGUUCGCUUUAGUUCAUUCGUGAUUGGAUAGUGUCUCACAGACACUGGUUUGUUUUUCUAUUAUGUUUGUGAAUGGCAAUAAUUGGUUUUGUAGUAAACCAUGAAAAAAAAUGGGAUUAAUAUCGAGAAAAAACAAUUGAUUGAGAAGACAAAUGUAAAAUGAAUCAUCUAUCAUUUCAACGAUAGGAAUAUCUUUUAAAAACUGGUUUACCGUCAUUACCCAAUAGCCGGGUCGGGUAUUUUGAUUAUCAGGAUAAGUGUCUCUCUUACGAAAAUUCACAUUGGAACCAGUUGAUGGAUAAAUUCAUUUUUGCCAAUGUGUGUGUGCAGCAAAUGCUUCCAUCUUAUACCAACAUGCGAUUAAAAUCUGUCGGUACUGAUAAACAAAACACGGAUAAUAAUCGUAAUAAUACACAUAGACAAGACAUAGAAUGGAGUAUGAUUGGUAUAAUUAUUCAAAGUGAUGGAUUGAAAGCGCAUGACAAUAAUAUUUACUCCAACAGUGCGUGCAAUAGACGGUGAAUAAAGCUAAAGGCAGAAGAAAAUGUUCCAUUGUGCAGUGGAAAUACAACAUCUAUUGAUGGUGAUAAUACUGUAAAAAAUCAUACAAUAACUAAGUUUAGUGUUGAUAUUACCCAACAAACCCAUCCUAGCCGUUGGACGAAACAAUAGUGUCUGUUAGCAUUUAGGUGUGGUUCGGUUCUGGUCACACUCUUAGCUGCAAAUCUUCGGCAGAACGCUCAAAUAUUCUUCAAACUUAAGUCUUUUAGCAAGCUCUAGCGCUAGUACCAUACGAGAAAAGGCUGUUUAGAAUGUUUCGUUUGUUUUUUGUUUUGUUUUUCAACUAAUAAUUAGACUCGGUUCGUAACCAUAACCGUGUAAAAGCGCAGCAUUAUUAAUUAGUAAGGGCUUGAUACAUAUAUAAGUCCGUGGGAAGAAUGGUGGGGAUAACAAAUAUUUCUGAAGUGAAGGGAAAACUAUCGAAGGGAGUUAGAAAAUCAUCUUCAAAACUCUAUUACUCUGUUAAUCCUAUGCAAUUGAUAUUGUUUAUAGACAAUUACUUAUACAUAUAGUUUGGGGGGAAGAAUCAUUCGAAGGAUAUCCCGAGUGGGGACCAUGAACGAAUUUAGCAACGAAACAAAGAAAAUGGAAUCAAGUUCAAAACUAUUCGGUUUUAUCCAACUAUCAAAGUUCUUUCGCUUCCAUUAGGUAAUUUCAAUUAUACUAGACAAUAACGAGAGGGUAAGGUGUAGUAAUGGUCGUUACAAUUUUCACUUUUUAUUGUAUCUGUUAUUUCCUCUUUUCCUUAUUUCACACUGCUCUUCUCAAGAGUAUAAACACGUAAGCAUAAGCCAAAUCAUUAUAAAUAAUAAACAUAACUUACGUCCUAACCACAUUGCAUUACCCUCAAAAGCCCUUAUUCGAAACAUAUAAAAGAUAACAGUUAAUACUAAUUACGCGAAAGGAUCCUCGAACACACAGUUUACGAUUCGUUGUGUGUAUUUUUUAUUUAAUUGCGCAAACACAGGCAAGUGGGCGUAAUAAUAUGGAAUAUAAGUAAACCGUAUGGAUGAGAUAUAGGAGGAGAUGAUUGAAUGAUGAUAUAAACAGCACGGUCACUCAGUUGUCGUCCGAGUCGGUUCAGCUACCAGCACACAUCCUUAUCCGAUAUCAACGUGUUCAGUGUUUUUUGUGUUACUAUCCUAUUUAGCCAAAGGAAGAGAAUGAUGAAGGUGUAGAGUGAAGGUGAAGAAACGUGUGGGUAUUAAGUUUAUGCGUACGUGUUUCGUAACGAUCACGAUUAAUGGACAACAAAAGCAUCACACACACAUUCUUUAAAUAAGCAUGCAAACUGUGUAACCGAUGAUAAUAAAAUAUACAAUUUUA